UAGGAAUUGCCACUAACUAGUCACUGAAGUAGUAUCACCGUUAGGAUUAAGCUGUUAGAUUGCUCUGGAUAGACAGCAUCUUUCAAAAUGCUAUACAAGAAAAUGGUAUAUUUUGUUUCAUAAGGUGUGUACUUGUACAACAGACUUCAGUGAACCAUCCAGGGUUUGCACUGGCUUUGUGCCAUCCAUUAUUAAGGUUCAGAUUUAACCACAUCUUGUGCUUAGACGUCUAGAGUUAGCUAGAAGUUUUGGCUCAGAUACAGGCAGUGAUGAAAAACACAUGAGCAAUAACAAGUUUUCUUAGUGUUAUUCUUCAGUGCUCAGAUAGACUAAUCCACAGAAGGAGUUUAUUCAAAUUACCCAGGGUGCCAGGAAGAAAAGGACCUUUGAAGGGAUUUUUAACCCCUUUAAAUUACUUACUGUUAAUUUUAUAAACUCAAUCUUUUAUAAAUUAUCAAGCUGGAGCCUUUUUAAGGGACUUGACAAAUUUGCAAGAAGUGUGUAUUCUACAAAUAUGAAGGAAUAUAUCCUUCUGCUUCUUGUGGCCUUAAGUUCUGCUAAGCUGUUCCAAAAGCCUUCAUACUUCACCUUUAAGAAUAUAAUGCUCAUGGAUAUGGAAGAUCCGGAUGAUGAUGAUGACGACGACAACGAUGAUGUUGACGAUGAUGAUAAAGAUGACAAUUCCCUUUUUCCUACCAGAGCACCCUUGAUACCAUUUGACAUAUUUCCAGUAUGUCCCUUUGGAUGUCAAUGCUAUUUAAGAGUUAUCCACUGUUCUGAUUUAGGCUUGACUUCUGUACCAAAGAAUAUUCCAUUAGAUACUCGUAUGAUAGAUCUUCAAAACAACAAAAUAAAAGAGAUCAAGGAAAAUGAUUUUAAAGGACUUUCAUCACUCUAUGCCCUUGCUUUGAACAACAACAAAAUAACAAAGAUCCAUCCUAAAGCGUUUCAGUCAACAAAGAAGCUACGGCGCCUCUACUUGUCCCAUAAUCAUUUAACUCAGAUCCCAGAAAAUCUUCCAAGAAGUUUAGCUGAGAUAAGAAUUCAUGACAACAAAGUUAAAAAGAUUCAUAAAGACAUAUUUAAGGGAAUGAAGUCUUUACAUGUUUUAGAAAUGAGUGCAAAUCCUCUUGACAACGAUGGGAUAGAACCUGGGGCUUUUGAAGGUUUGACUGUCUAUCAUAUAAGGAUAGCAGAAGCAAAAUUAACAUCUAUACCAAAAGGGUUACCAUCCAGUCUACUGGAACUUCACCUAGAUGACAACAAAAUCUCUGCAAUUGAGCUUGAAGAUUUCAUUCGAUAUAAAAAUCUUCAGAGGUUGGGGUUGGGAAACAACAAAAUCAAAGAUGUGGAAAAUGGAAGUUUUGCUAAUAUACCAAACGUUAGAGAAAUCCAUCUAGAAAAGAACAAACUGAAAAAAGUACCUGCUGGUCUUUCAGAGCUAAAAUAUCUACAGGUUGUCUUUCUUCACUCAAAUAGUAUUUCAAGUGUGGGAGUGAAUGAUUUUUGUCCAACAGAAGGAAGGCUGAAGAAAACACUAUAUAAUGGCAUAAGCUUAUUCAAAAAUCCUGUCAAAUACUGGGAUAUCCAACCAGCAACUUUUCGUUGUAUACUAAAUAGAAACAGUGUGCAGAUUGCAAAUUAUGGAAAAUAAAAUAGUACAGACAAAAUAUUAUUGAAGAACUAUUAUUAAAACCAGAAUCACAAAACUUGAAACUGUUAAAAUCUGUAAAUUUUACU